CGAAACUUGUAUCUGCUUGUGCUCGUAUCGCAGAGGCAUCAAAAAAUCCCGCCGGGCGGUACCGUGGUGUUUUUGGCUGGGGUUUCUCUAAUCUGACCGCCGCGACGGAUUCCUUGACAGCCUGCAUCCAGCGCAUGGAGAUAAACAAGGCGAAAAUUCUCGAAGAGAAACUUCGAGAAGCGGCAUGCUACGGCGACGAAGACAGCGUGAUCGCGCUCAUCGAGCGGAACGUACGCGUUAACUCACAGCACGACAUUAAUGGAUGGACACCGCUGCACUGGGCUUGUAAGAGGGGUCACAUUGCCACUGUGCGGUACCUGCUCAGCCAAGGUGCCGAUCCCACCAUAACGACAUUCAAGGGAGAGACACCAGCCGCACUUACUGACAACGAAGACAUCAGAGCGUUGCUUGGAGAGGUUGGACAGGGUGAUGCAACCAGCUCAACUCCAGCGCUGCCAAUCACCCCUCACUUUCUGAGUCACCCCACCAUCGAGUACAAGGUGGACCUCUCGGAACUCUCACGAAGCACCAGAAACGUCGAUGCAGACCUUCCGGGAAAGCACAGCCUGCCCCACGACAAUGGCCAGUCAGAUUAUUCUAGCGGCCAUCAAGAAGAGACAGACCUUGUGCUCAAAGUGAGGAUCGCAUACCUUGACGAUCCGGACUUCAUCGAGGUGGAGCUCCCAAGGACAGAGCUGACAUUCGCCAACCUCCUGCGUACCUGCUGUGACGAGCUUUGUGCUGAUUUGAAGCGGGUGCGCAAGCUUCGCAAGCUGCCCAACACCAUCCUUCGCAAGGACAAGGAGGUGCAGAGGCUCUCCGACUACCAGGAGCUUGAACUGGUGCUGGACAACGUCCAGCCAAAGCCACAGCCAAGCCCAAAUCCAGCUCUGCCCACUGUCUCGGGUGGGAAUGCAAGCGUGGCCCUAAACCCUGUCGUUCACCUCGCUGGCCUCCUCUCGGGCGCCAGCUACAACUCGCCGCCGGGAUACCUUCCCAACGGCAACUCUAUGCUGGAAAGUGGCGGAAAACUUGCUCAACCUCGAACUCUGUUCAUAACAAAUAGAGCACAUAAAGGCUGUGGAACAACAGCAUAAAUAUUAAAACAACCAUGAAAGCGCUCACCUAUAGCUGACGCCUACUCGAUUGUGACUGAGUGCCUUCUCACUUGUGUCCUGCAGCUUGUCCUCACGUCAUCUAAAUCAACGAAAUCUGGCUAGUCCAACUGGUAGUUUCUCAAACAUUAAAGGGGACAGUACAGAAACAUAGAAUUUGAGCAAUGUUGGUAAAUUACUCUUCUGCGAUACCAAAAAAGUCUACUUGUGCCAUGAGUAGAGAGUCUAGGUAAGCCGGAAGAGUCAUGAAAUGGAAGGACAAGUGGCGAUGCCGCUUUAACGCUCUCGCAUCAGCUCACCAUGGCAUCAGUGAUUUCGACGUCGUGUGUUGGGACCUAUGUAACCUAUUGUCUGGAAUGAGGCACUGCAUCCUAUUCUAAAACAGUAAAAGGCUGAACUUUGCAAAUUUCAAGAACUUCUGCAGAGCAACAACGGUCCCGAAUGCGAGAAAAGUACAUUGAAAUCCGUGACGUCACGCCGAUGCACCAACACUCGGGUAACGGCGCAAGAUUCUCCAAACAGAGUCAGCCCACUAUGAUGUCAUGGGUUUUGACAGAACCUGCUCCGGCCUGGUCAAGUUUUCUAUCGGUAAAGGCAGACUCCCUUGUAUCCCAAGGGAGCAAAAAAGGCUGAACUUGCUAAAAUGCAAUGAGAAAGUGUGGACGGAGGGUGUUAGCACAUUUCCUAAGCCUCUGUUUUCAUCAGUGUUUGAUUCUUGUUAUCUUUCUUUUUUUCAUGCACAAGUAAUAAUUACAUAAAGAUAUGUCAAACCUUGUUCGGGCCUAUAUCCACGAUGGCUAGCAACAGGUUGAAUGUUGAAGUGCAUUAUUGACUAUGUUAUUUAUACUAUAUUACAAGUACAGAAUAUGCAGAAAGUUAUUUCUGAAGUGAGUGAUAUGUACCAAAUGAAAAUUUUCUCGUAGAGGUGGUAAAAUUAUGCGUCAGUUUAAUGUUAUUGGGCACAAAAUUCCUUACGACAGCAACCUUGAAUUCCAAUAACGUUCACCAAUAUUUGUUUCUGCAACUGGUAGAGUCAAGUAUUCAUAAGGUAAAUGUUAAAUUCCAGAUGGUUCUUUCAUUUUCCUUUUCCUUUUUUGUUUCUUUUUUUGGUCCCAAGCUGAGAAUGAGGGCAGCUCAUAAAGUAUGCGUGGCUUAACAGUUUGAAAGUGCGUAAAUUGCCAGGCACUGUUUUCAAUUUAAACUAAGCUAUUUCUGAGUAGGCAAGACAAUUUUUCUGUUCGAAAUAAGCUUAUCACUUGUCUAUAUUUCAAGCCAGGCUGCAAGUGCUUUACACAGCACAGCAUAAAAGCUGUGCUGUGUAGCGUCAGCGUGUCACAAUAUGUUGGCCAUUCGGCGUUCGUGUGAUUGUUUCGACCCAUGACUGUUGCUCUCAUGUGAUAGGUUGUGAUCCCAGACCCCAGCAUAUCUUCUGCCAUGCGGCAUGUUUUUGAUUGUACAUAAACCACACUAGCAACUUAUUUUGUACAUAGCAUAUCGGAGUUCAAACUAUGCAUGUCAUGAAUUUUUGUUUGUGAUGUUUAGGUGGGUGUGUUUUGACGGAUGUUUCAACCAUGCUAUUCGCUUUUGUAUGUGUUUACUUGUGAAGCUGAUGUGGGCUGUUGCAUUCACAAUUCUCAGGACCACUGACACUGACACCACAACUAACAUGAUGUGCUGUGCUGUGUUUGACUUAGUUUGCUCUGUCUAGCCCAAAGUUGACACAUAGCUACUUACAGUGCAGGUCUUAAGCUGCUUCAACAAUGCAACAAUGGUAUCCUGGAUGCACUCUGGGCAGCUACCAGAAGAGUUUAAUUUUGCAUAGAGAAUUUAGUUUCCCUGCCUCAGUCUUCCAGAAGGCUGAAUGAACCAUGAGGUUGUCAGACAUGGUCCUUUUCAAGGCUGUGGCCAGAGCUGUAUAUCCUUUCAGGGAGAGUUUCGUGGAGCACUUUGUCGUGGCAAAAGUCUCGCAACUAUCUCCAAGUAGUCUGGUGUCUUCGUAGUUGCUACCGCCUGUGCCGCUUGAGAGCGCAUGUUACCUCAUAGCACUGUUCUGUGCAGAUAGUGACAUUGGUCAUUGCUCUGUGGUCGUCUAAUCGCAGUGGUAUGUUGGCAGAAGACUGCUGCCAAGCAGAAGUUCCAUACGGACGAUGCAAAACUCAACGACGACGACCGUCUCAUAGCAACUGCUAUGCAUUCAUCACUUGAGGUUCUUUCCUUUUUCAAACUAAUGCUCAUUUCAGCUAGUCACAAGGAAGAACCAACAUUGCAUAACUUUAUUAAAUGUGGCAUAUUUUUAUGAUAACCCGUUCGCCUCUCUACUGGAAUUUUUUACACGACAGAUAAGUUAGCACCUCUUCUGAUGCUUUCUUACGAACAGACUGCAUGACUGACUUCAUUUUACUUUUACAUUUCACUGCAGAGUUGUCUACUGUGUGUACAAACGUUAUUCACUUUUGCCACAGCGAGAGAUAAGUUGCCGGCAUUUGCAUUCUCACUUCUUGGCCUUGUUGGGCUUCAUUUUCAUUGUAAACUAGUGUGUUGUGGGCUCUUUGUAUGCUGUCUCCAAUAUUUGCACAGAAAAGUGCCUUUCUUGACCUGUGUCACUUUAUUGUGCUUUUAUGUUCCAGCCGUGUUCCUAGUUGUUGUGAGUACGUGACAUGUAGUGCAAUGCAAGCUCUGUGUUAUGCUAACAGCAUUCCCUGCUCUACGUAUAAACUCUUCUUUUCUGUCAAGAAGAUAUCGUUAGCUGUAGGUGCCAUGUAGCUUUCAAGCAUGGUCCAGCCUUUAACAAUUUCGCAAAAGUUUUUCACCCUUUGAGAAAAAAAUUAUGUCAAUGCCAUCUGCACGAGAGCUGCACAACAUUCCCAAUGAAUCAAAUUCGAAGCGCAACAACAAAUCUAAUGAUAGUGUUCUGUCUGGUAGCACAACACAGAAUAAGAGACUGGAAAGGAUCACGGACAUCUUUUUUAAACCUCGCCGCCACCUGCAAACGCUUUAGGCAUGCACAACUCUCUUUAUGCAUCCCUUUAAUGUGGCCGGCGCUAGCUGAAAAAUUAAUGUUGUGUCAACAAAACGACGGAGUUAUCACGGAUGGACCAUUCUUGAAGGCGCUAGCGUAUGUUUGUUGGCUACAUAGUCAUUGUAGCUCUCGAGCCUUGUAGAGAAAUGGCGCCUUUUUCUCGGUGACCCAGAGUUUAUGAAAAGUAAUGUAAAUGCAACGUGUCCAUUUGUUAUAACAAAAGCAGGAGCAGAUCGUGCAAUCUCCGUGCGUGUUCUCAUGCAAAUGACGUGUAGGGAUACAGCUGUCGGUGAAGCAAUUAUCCUAGCAGGUGAAAAGAAGGGAUUUCGUACUACCAUCAGCUGUUAGCUUUGCUUUUGCUUCUAGGGACCAAAACAUAGGAUCGAUGACCGCAAGCACUGCGUCUUCUGCGAGAGGGUGCUUAGUGCUCCCUUUGUGUAACUAUAAUGUCUCCGUGAAUAAUGUGAUGUUGCUCCGUACGAAAAUGCGACAAAACCCUUGAUAAUGCGCAUUGUGGAUGUUUUGUGCCACUUGAUUUUUUGGGAUCACACCCGGCAAUUGCCCGCGCAUGUUCCGAGCUUGGUGGCAUAGUGGUCAAACAGUUUGAUAGUGCUGGCAAGCUGCUCUUGAGCACUAAAAACGCGUAGAUUGCUUGCAUCUGCUUUGUUAAUGAUGAAAUGGCAACCACACAAAACCUUGUUUCCAAUGUGUUUUGAAUGUGGCAUCACGUAGAAUUGUUGCUUUCAUUUCAUGCUGCGAAAUGAUGGCACUGAAAUUAGUGCUGAAACAACUCUUGGAAAUGGCUGAAUAUUAUAUAAAGCAGGUGGGCAGCUAGUCCUUGUGUACGGCUGAGUCUUAUUAUAAUUCAAUUACAUCUGGAAAUAAAGAGCCUUUAUUAUAUCCAAUGUUCUUUUGUAACAUGUUUUUAUUAUGUUCUAUAUUUGCUUGGAUAUACACAACAACAUUCGCAAUUGGGUCAGUGUGAAAGAAGCACAAACAAAUGAUGCUGAAACAUGGCGUGUCAGCAGUGCUAAGUCACAAAGAUGCACAUGGCUUUAUUGUGAACACAAAAUCAUGUGACACUAUGUGACAGUAGUGGCAGCGGCACUAUACACAGGCUGAUCGUGCAGGAUCAAUAUGCUGAUUGUCCAAUGUUUUGGGCUGGCCUAGCCAAGCCGUUGGCCAAAAUAUGAAUACACAUCCCGAAUGUAAAGUUUUGUACAUUGGAUCACCCAGAACAUGUUUGUAAAGUUGACAUUACAGUAAAAUGUUGUUUCAGGCCUGUUGGUGCACAUCGGCUUCAAGUAAAACUGCGCGGUAUAACGGGAACAAAGCGAGACAUUGAAACGACGGGGACAAGCAUUCAUUCCUGUCAUUACUGUGUCUUGCUUUGUUUAUGUCGCAUCGAAUAGUUUUACUUGAUGCCAUUGCAAUUUUCUCUUGCUUGGAAUUCGCCAUUUGUGCUACAGGAAUAUGUAUCUUGAGCUGCGAGCAAACAAGUGUUGGCUACACUGGAAGCUCUGUCAUAUAAGUUCUAGUCUCUUUUCAAGUGAUGUCAACUGUGGAUUUGUAGGUAGGACUAAUGUUAGGCCCUGUUGUUUAGUUGUCAACAACACUGAGUGCUUGUGUUGUGUGUCCCUUUCUUCGUCUUUUGCUGCACCCUAAGUUUCAUUGCUGUAAUACUUUUAUUAUUUGUUGCCAGUUCUAAUGCAAAUGAAUUCUGCCAUUCCAGGCUCUGUUAGAGUGACAUUUAAAUGUUGCAGAAAGUGAGGAGUUUAAAUUAACCUUAUCAGUUCAGCAAUUCGCUGGCAUAAAUUGGCUACGUAAUACAAACAUUGGUAUUGCAUGGCACCUUGCUUAACGAUGUACGACUGAUUCACCCGACAACAUGCGCUAUUAAUUGGCUGUUCUCAAUGUCACACUAAAAAAAAGCCUAGUGAGAUAUCUGCUGCUGCUCACACUAUACGAGAAUAAAGGAUGGUCGAGUAUUUUAAAAGAUAGCUGUCCCACUGUGUCACCUUUAACUUAUCAGUUUUAUGUGUCUCUUCCGGGGUACCAUUGGAGUUGACUGGUCUUUCAGAUGCUUCUUCACUUCCACUUGCAGCAGUGCAAAUAAAAAGAAGAAUUGACAACUGGCAUGGUGAAACAUCUGUACCAAAGUUCACUUUUUGUAGGCAACUUUGGCAAUAAAGCAUUUUUUCUUCACCA